AUGCCUUGGUUUGGAAUGGACAUUGGUGGAACUCUUGUGAAAUUGGUUUAUUUUGAGCCUUCUGAUAUAUCUACAGAUGAAUUGGAAUUGGAAAAAGAAGCCCUGAAAAACAUACGUCAUUAUUUAACAUCUAAUUCUGCAUAUGGCUCUACAGGAAAAAGGGAUGUUCAUCUUCAAAUGAAUAAUGUGGUAAUAGGAGGGCACACUGGAACGCUGCAUUUUAUACGCUUUCCUACAAGUGCCAUGAAUGUGUUUUUACAGCUUGCUAAAUCCAAAGGAAUGGCUUAUAUGGCUAGCACUGUUUGUGCCACUGGUGGUGGAGCUUUUAAGUUUGAAGCUGAUUUUCGUCAUGAAAUGAAUAUGGAGCUUCACAAAUUUGACGAACUGGACUCAUUAAUUAGAGGGAUUCAUUAUAUCAAAGCAUAUAAUGAACAUGAAUGUUACUACUGGGUUGACCCAACUGAUGACACAAAAUGCAGAAAAGAACAUUUUGAUUUGAAUAAUUUAUAUCCCUUUUUAGUGGUAAACAUUGGUUCAGGAGUUAGCAUGCUUGCUGUUCAUUCACCGGAUAAUUUCAAGAGAGUUACUGGUACAAGUCUAGGUGGAGGAACAUUUCUUGGACUGUGCUGUUUACUUACUGGUUGUGAAUCUUUUGAAGAAGCUAUUUCUUUAGCAGAAAAAGGUGAUAGUACUAAAGUAGAUAAGUUAGUACGUGAUAUUUAUGGAGGUAGCUAUCCAAAAUUUAAUCUUGAAGGUGACAUAGUUGCCAGUAGCUUUGGUAACAUGACUAGUAAAUCUAGAAGAGCAACAGUUAAGAAAGAGGAUUUGGCACGGGCAACAUUAGUGACAAUUACAAAUAAUAUUGGGUCCAUAGCACGUAUGUGUGCUGUUAGUGAGGGUAUAAACAAGGUUGUCUUUAUAGGCAAUUUCCUUCGAGUAAAUAUUUUGUCUAUGAAACUUCUAGCAUAUGCUAUGGACUUUUGGUCUUCUGGGUCUCUUAAGGCUUUAUUUCUAGAGCAUGAGGGCUACUUUGGAGCUGUGGGUUGCUUAAUGGAACUAAUGAAGACUGGUAGUUAAAUAAAAUCUUCUUGAUUCUCCAGCAUUUCUAGACCUGCAGGAUUUCCUAUGUGCAACGAUCAAUAAAGAAAUGAGCCAGUGAAUCGCUGAUACCGGAAUUCUGAGUGAUUCCCCAAUGCAGCUGCUGUCAAAUACCAAAACGUGUCACGAUGGUACCGUCAAAACUUGCUUCGUCAGACUAUCCAGAUUAGUAAGCAAUGGUUAGUUCUUAUUCUACUUUUUUAAUUUUUUAAAGGCUUUAAUUUUUAUUGGGUGUUUUUUCAAGUUACUUUUAUGAAUAUUGCGGAAAGAAGCAUAUAAGUUUUGCAGAACCCUUGACUGAUCUCAGAGUUGUAGCUAGGGUUUUCAGCGCCCAGGGACAACUGAAGAUUUCGCGCCCCCUACUGCUUGCCAAGAAUGGAAAACAUUUAAUUCUAAAAUUUCGUAACAUCAGUUUGGCGCUCCUCGGAUUCUGCGCCCGGGGACAGAUGCCCCCCUUGCCCCCAUCUAGCUACGCCCCCUGACUGAUCUCCACAGAACCUCAUGGUUCUU